AUGUUGUCAUAUUUUUCAGUAUUGGAAUGCAAAGAAAAGGUGGCAGACAUCAUCUUCGCCCUGGACUCAUCAGACAGUAUCUGGCCAGAGGAUUUCGUGAAGCAAACAGACUUUGUACAGAAAGUUGUGGACUCUUUAACCAUAGGUCCUAACAACAUUCAAAUUGGUCUAGUCACAUUUGGUACAAGAAUCAAACCGUACUUUCAACUCAAAGAUCAUAAAGACAAGAGAUCUGUUUUGACAGCAAUUCAGUCUGUUUAUGCCUUAGGCGAAGGCACUAAUACUGGAGCUACUUUGAAGUAUAUUCGUGAAGAGAUGUUCAAACGUGAAAAUGGCGGGCGGAAGUGGGCAGAUAAAAUUGUUAUUUUGAUCACCGAUGGUGUAUCACGCGAUCGAAAAGAAACUAUGAUGGAGGGCUCAUUAAGUCGGCUGGACGAUAUCGAGAUCUUUACCAUAGGAGUUGGUUACAGUGUGGACGCUAUGGAAUUAGAUGUCAUUGCCAGUAAACCUAAAGAAAAACAUCAGUUUUUAGUGGAAAAUUAUAAAUCUCUUCACCACAUUCGACAUUCAUUUACUGCUACAACUUGUAAAGUAAGUGAUUUAAAGAUAAACUCAAAAAAUCAAAAUCCAUCAAAACAAUAUGGAUCUUCUUAUAAGGCAGAAAGUGUUGAACAAUCGAGGUUUAUUGGUAGUAAAAUAUGUGAUUGCUGUAAAAGUAAACCAGCGGAAGUUUAUUUUGUUUUGGAUUCCUCCAGCAGUAUCUGGUAUCCAGAUUUCAUCAAACAGCUAGACUUCGUCAGAGAAGUGGUUUCACUGUUUGAUAUGGAGAAGGAUAAAACUCGGGUUGGGGUCGUGACUUACAGUGACGGUGUUCAUCCGGUUAUUCCACUUGAUGCUUACUCUAUGGAGGAAUUUGAAGCCAAGGUUAAGAAGAUACCAUAUCUAACUGGCGGUACGAGUACAGAAGCUGCUAUUCAGUAUCUUAGAGAAGUGGGAUUCUCAAAAGACAAUGCCAGAUCUGACGUGGCGCAUGUGGGUAUUAUCGUGACUGACGGUCAAUCUAGAAGUUUUGAGAAGACUGCAAAGGAAGCUGGAUUGGCCCAUAAACAAGCAAUCCAGCUGUUUGCUGUAGGUGUUGGUAAAGCAGUUGAUGAAGAAGAAAUGCUGGAGAUUGCCAGUGAUCCUGAUGAAAAUUAUGUCUUCAGAGUUGAUGAUUAUGAAGCUUUGAAGAAGAUCGAAAGCUUAUUAGCAGUGAAAGCAUGUGAAGGUAAGCUGGGAAUAUUAAUCAUACCUGGCAAUGUUGGGGCUAAUAGAUAUCUUUUAUAUACACAGUGCUUGAAAACGUUUGGUAACGGGUUUGUUAGUGAUCAAUUUUUAGUGUAUGUCAGGUCCAUCUCUGUCAUGUACAUAAUAAUGCGCUAUACUUAG